AUGGUUAACUACAAGAAACUCAUUACCAUGGCAAGAAAGUGGCACAAGUUAGCUGCAAUGGGUAGGAUUAGAAUCUCAUCACCAACAGCUGACAUGCAGAGAGAUGCGGACAAAUGCAGCAAAUUGGUGGCCAGUAAGGGCCAUUUCGUAGUGUACACUAGCGAUAAGAGACGUUUUGUUAUUCCAUUGGCAUAUCUCAGCAAUCCUAUCUUCAUAGAAUUACUCCGAAUAUCUGAAGAGGAGUUUGGACUACCAAGCGAUGGGCCUAUCACACUGCUUUGCACAGCAGACUUUGUUGAGAAAAUCAUCAAUUUGAUGCAAAGGCAUCCGUCUAAAGAUUUAGAGAAGGCUGUCCUAGCGUUUCUCACCACUUGUCGUUGCUCAUUAUCUUCACCUCUCUUUCAAGAAUCAAAUAACCCACCUACUCUUUUAUUGGAUUUUAAAGCAAAUUUCGUGACCAAUGGAGACCGGAUCUCUAAUUAA